GAUCCUCCACAAGUCAGACGCAUCACAGCGUGACCGUUGCCGAUUCAGAAGAACUAGAGGUCCUUUCUGCUUCGGAACGCACCGUAACCCUGACCUUAGGCGGUCCUUGGAUCUCCUGUGAGGAGAAGUAGGAGGAGCCAGUCCAGACACCAGGAGGAGAAUUUUUUUUUUCCUCCUGAAGAUAAAUCUAAAUCAGUGAAGAUCUGCAGCAGGAUGAUCAGAAACCGAGACAACUCCACCAUGAAAGGCGAGAAUGUGGUUGACGCCGGACGGAACUGGUCCGGAUCCAACGAGCUUGUCUUCUUUGUCAAUGGCAAGAAGGUUGUGGUGGAAAACCCCGAUCCAGAGAUGACACUUCUGACUUAUCUAAGAAGAAAACUGGGUUUGACAGGGACAAAGCUGGGUUGCGCUGAAGGUGGCUGUGGUGCCUGCACCGUCAUGCUGUCCAGAUACCAGCCGCACUCCGGAGAGCUGCUUCACCUUGCCGUCAACGCCUGUCUCGCCCCGCUCUGCUCUCUACACAUGCAAGCGGUGACCACGAUUGAAGGAAUCGGAAGCAUGGCUAAAAAACUACACCCUGUUCAGGAGCGGAUUGCAAAGUCCCACGGUUCCCAGUGUGGGUUCUGCACGCCAGGAAUUGUUAUGUCCAUGUACGCUCUGUUAAGAAACAAGCCCACCCCCACUAUGGCUGAGGUGGAGGAGGCUUUCCAUGGAAACCUCUGCCGCUGUACCGGAUACAGACCCAUUUUGGAGGGCUACAGGACCUUCACCAAGGAGGGUGGUUGCUGUGGAGAUAGGGGGGUGAAUGGAGGCUGCUGUAAGGCCAACGGGAGCACUGCUUUAAAAAGCUCUGAGGAGGAUGAUGAAGGCACGUCACUGUUCAACACGGCAGACUUCACACCUUACGACCCCACCCAGGAAGUAAUCUUCCCUCCUGCACUCAUGAUCCUAUGUAAGAACGAGGGGUCACUGCCUCUGUGUUUCCGAGGCGAACGCACAACGUGGCUGCAGCCCGCUACCCUGGACCAGUUCUUGCGUCUGAAGUGGGAACACCCAGAGGCCCGGGUGGUGGUGGGAAACACCGAAGUAGGGAUCGAGGUGAAGUUCAAGAACAUGGUUUACCCGGUCAUCCUGGCUCCAGCUUUCAUCCAAGAGCUGAAUGCAGUGACUCACAAAGAGGACGGUAUCACCUUUGGUGCAGCGUGCACCCUAAGCCACAUGGGAGAAGUGCUGAGGCAAGCGGUGGAGACUUUACCCCCUCAUCAGACUCAAGUUUUCCUUUCCAUUCUGGAGCAGCUGCGAUGGUUCGCUGGACAGCAGAUACGAAACGUAGCAGCUGUGGGUGGAAACAUCAUGACAGCCAGCCCCAUAUCAGACCUGAACCCCGUCUUUAUGGCUGCCGGCUGCAAGCUCACUCUGAUGGACAAGGAUGGCGGUCGUGUGGUUCAGAUGGACGAUGGCUUCUUCACAGGUUACAGGAAGACAGUUGUGCGACCGCAGGAGAUCCUUCUCUCCGUACACAUCCCUUAUAGCAAGAAAACUCAGUUCGUCUGCGCCUUCAAACAGUCCCCUCGCCGUGAGGAUGAUAUCAGCAUCGUCACUGCAGGCAUGAGCGUCACCUUCACUCCUGGCACUGAUGUGGUGGACGAUCUAAAGCUAAGCUUUGGAGGUAUGGCGCCGACCACAGUGUUGGCCAAGAAGACAGCAAGCCGUCUGCAAGGAUGGAAAUGGGGGGAGGAACUUCUGCAAGAAGCCUGUUCCUCAUUGGCUGAAGAGAUGAACCUUGACCCCUCUGCACCAGGUGGCAUGGUGACAUACCGGCGAACACUGACCCUGAGUCUUUUCUACAAAUUUUAUUUGAGAGUGUUGCAGAAGCUCCACCUGCGGGGUGUAUCUGCGCAUGGGAUUGACACAAAGUGUUUGAGCGCCACAGAGAUCUAUAAUCCCACCACGCCAUCCAGUGUUCAAGUCUACCAGGCAGUCCCAAAGGGGCAGAGCCAGGACGAUGUGGUGGGACGUCCUAUGAUGCAUGUGUCGGCCAUCAAACAGGCCACCGGUGAAGCUAUUUACUGUGAUGAUGUGCCGUUGUAUGAGAACGAGCUCUACCUGGCCCUUAUCACCAGCACCAAGGCUCAUGGUCGGAUACUCACCGUGGAUACAUCAGCAGCGGAGCGUUUGCCUGGCGUGGUUUGUUCCCUGUUUGCCGACUCUGUCCCUGGAAGCAAAAUCACAGGAAUCAAACAGGAUGAAACCGUGUUUGCUGAUGGACAGGUAACAUGUGUGGGUCAAAUAAUCGGAGCGGUGGUGGCCGACAGUCAGCCUCAUGCUCAAAGAGCCGCCAAGGCGGUGAAAAUUGAAUAUGAGGAGCUGCAGCCUGUCAUAACCAUCCAGGAAGCCAUCACUGCUCAAUCCUUUUAUGAGCCAAUCCGAACUCUUCAGAACGGAGAUGUUGAGGUGGGGUUUAAGCAGGCGGAAAAGAUCCUUGAGGGUGAGAUGCACAUCGGAGGUCAAGAGCAUUUUUACUUGGAGACUCAUGUCACUUUGGCCGUUCCCAAAGAAGAUGGAGAGAUGGAGCUUUUCGUUUCAACGCAGUCUCCCAAUGACACACAGUCUCAUGUUGCUAAGGCCCUCGGUGUCCCAGCUAACAGGGUGGUAGUCCGGGUGAAGAGGUUGGGUGGUGGCUUUGGGGGUAAAGAAAGCCGCUCCACAGUGUUGUCAACUGUUGUUGCAGUGGCGGCAAACAAGCUGGGGAGGCCUAUCAGGUGUAUGCUGGACAGAGAUGAGGACAUGCUCAUUACCGGAGGACGACAUCCCUUCUUUGGGAAAUAUAAAGUUGGUUUUUCAAACAGUGGAAAAGUGGUAGCCCUGGAUGUGACCUAUUACAGCAAUGCUGGAAAUUCCAUGGACCUUUCUCUAUCAAUUAUGGAGCGUGCUCUUUUUCAUAUGGAGAACUCCUACAGUAUACCAAAUGUGCGUGGCCGUGGCUUCCUGUGCCGCACCAAUCUGCCAUCCAACACCGCUUUCAGAGGAUUUGGAGGACCACAAGGCAUGAUGAUUGCUGAAAGCUGGAUAACUGAUGUGGCUCAGAGCCUGGGCCUCCCAGCUGAGGAGGUGCGAAGGCUGAAUUUGUACAUGGAGGGUGAGAAAACGCCAUACAACCAGAUCCUGCAUGGGCUGACCUUAGAUCGUUGCUGGAACGAGUGUCUGUCACAAUCCAGAUAUGAAGAAAAACGAGCCGCGGCUGGCCUCUUCAACAAACAGAACCGAUGGACCAAACGAGGCAUUGCCGUAGUUCCCACCAAGUUUGGCAUCAGCUUCACUGCCGCUUUCCUCAACCAGGCUGGUGCUCUGGUUCACAUCUACACUGAUGGCUCUGUACUGUUGACUCAUGGAGGAACUGAAAUGGGCCAGGGCCUUCACACCAAGAUGGUCCAGGUAGCUAGCAGGGUUCUGGGUAUCGCCUCAUCCAAGAUUCACAUCUCAGAGACCAGCACCAACACAGUUCCCAAUACUAGCCCCACUGCUGCCUCAGCGUCCUCCGACCUCAACGGAGCUGCUGUUCAGGCUGCCUGUGAGACACUGCUGAAGCGCCUGGAACCCUACAAGACGAAAAACCCCAAAGGCCCAUGGGAGGACUGGGUGAAGGCUGCAUAUUUUGACAGAGUCAACCUCAGCGCCAACGGGUUUUAUAAGACUCCAGAUCUUGGGUACAGCUUUGAAACCAACUCUGGCAGAGUUUUCAACUACUUCAGUUAUGGAGUGGCCUGUUCAGAGGUGGAGAUUGACUGUCUGACCGGAGCUCAUGAGAACUUGAGCACCACAAUUGUAAUGGAUGUCGGCAGCAGUUUGAACCCAGCUAUUGACAUCGGACAGGUCGAAGGGGGAUUCAUUCAGGGGUUGGGUCUCUUUACCCUAGAGGAGCUUCAUUAUUCACCUGCAGGCGUCCUCCUCACUCGUGGGCCUGGUUCUUACAAGAUCCCAGCCUUCGGUGAUAUUCCUACACAGCUAACUGUCUCUCUCCUUCGUGAUGCCCCCAAUGAUAAAGCCAUCUUUGCCUCCAAGGCUGUGGGUGAGCCUCCUCUCUUCCUGGCGUCAUCUGUUUUCUACGCCAUCAAAGAUGCCAUUAGUGCUGCCCGGGCAGAGUCGGGCCUCAAAGGACCAUUCAAGCUGGACAGUCCUGCAUCUGCUGAGAGAAUCCGCAACGCAUGCGUUGACCACUUCACAAAACUGUGUCCUCCUGCAGAGCCAGGAACCUAUAAUCCCUGGUCCGUUCAAGUGUAAAAUGGAGAAUUACUGUUAAAUGCAACAUCGGCCACUCACAGUAGAAGCAUCAGGGUGGUCAAAGACAAAGCAUAUCUUCCUUCAUGAACUUUAAGAGUGCAGGAACCAAGAUGGGUUACUUUUUUUCCUUUUAUUUGCUGAUCUAGACCAAAUUAAAAUGUAUAUCGUUUUUGAGUCUCACUGUU